UUGGCCUUCAACGUAGAUGAACGUCAACCCAUACACGUUCAGGCUGACCUGCACCAUUCUCGUCGAAAUCCAUUAGUUCGUGUGCAAGCACAGGCAGUACAACCACGAGAAGAUCAUACAUCCGCUCAACACGAAUAUUUGAAGAACAAUGACCAGCAGAGGCGCAAUCGCUACUACAGAACAGAUCGAGGGGAUGAGAAUACCGCAGCCGCCCGUUCAUCGACUGCCACAGUGAAGAAACAGGUUUCCAAUUGGGCACACAAAACACGAGACGAGAUACUGUGUGAGCUGUUCCUCGAGAAAAAUAUUGAUCUGCGGAGCUCUCGAAAACUUGGUUGUGGCAGAUACAGUAAAGUAAUCACAGGACACUUCGUAUCGAAUGGACAUGCGGUCGCCAUCAAGAUGAUCAACACUCAGAAGGUGACAGAAGAAUUUCGUAGCAAAUUCCUUCCACGAGAAAUUGAAUGUUGGAAGCGGCUCAAUCACCCUCAUCUAGUCCGUAUUCUUGGUCAUUACGAAGCUAUGCAACACGUGUUUCUUACAAUGGAAUUCGCCAGAGGAGGUGAUAUGCUUCAACAUGUACAGAGGAAAGGACCCGUGAAAGAACAUCAGGCGAUGAUUUGGAUGUCUCAAGUUAUAUCUGCAGUGUAUUACAUGCAUACGCGUGGAAUUGUACAUCGCGAUCUAAAACUGGAAAACAUCGUCAUCUUUCCGGACGAAGGGAUCAUCAAAAUCAGUGACUUCGGCUUCGCUCGAAGUGUGAUACGAGGUGAUGCCCUUUCCGAAACGUACUGCGGAUCAAAAUCGUAUUCUGCACCGGAAAUAUUGAAAGGCGAGCCGUACGAUCCAUACAAAUCCGAUGUUUGGUAA